AUGACAGGCGUUGACCACCCAUACCCCCUAAACCCGGAGGUGCCUUCAUGUUCGCCGCCAGCAUACGAAGCUGUGGCGGGUGAAGGUGCUCCAUCUGCAUCCCAUCAGAGGUCAAGCGGUGCGGUGACACUGACUAUAAAUGGCAAACACAUAUGCUCUUCUGUCUCUCCUGAUGGACAGCCGGUCUAUAGCCUCACCCAUGCUCUAGAUGGCCAUGAGAUGAGCCAGUAUGGUAUCUUGUUAACGCGCAUUGAACAACGGACAGUCUCGUCGUCUUCUCAGGGCAUACCAACUACAAAGACGGUCAAGCGUGAUAUAUUUGCACUUCGCGAUGCCCCUGUUCUUCACAUCGGGCAUGCUCGUUACGAGAUAGAUGGCCGACGAUAUCUGUCGGACAAAAAGGGUCACAUGAGUAGGUCUUCCUACGGCGUUGGAUCCGGGUGGACUGCCUGGGGUAAAGGGUUACCAUCCUUCACCCUCGAUCGGUCAGAGAGUGGCAAUGCCGGCAAAGUCGGUGAGACAACUGACUCUUCCUUUUAUGAAUGGCGUGAGAAGAAUAAAGGUCCGUUAAUAGCAAUGGAGACACGGAGGCGCUGGGAUAUGGAGAACAAAGUCGAGAUAUCCCCACCUAAGCUAGACUUGAUGAAGUGCUGGCGCGAUAUUGAUAGAGAGUAUUUGGAUUUCAUGGUUGCUGCAUGGUGCAUGCAUAACUGGCGAGAGGCAAAGGAUAUCACCAAGGAACCCAUAACUUGGGAUGAAUUCAAAAAACAAGCUCAAGUCACCGCCGCAAAGCGAAAAAAACAAACUUGGCCUGCAGGUCGCUCAAGUGCCUUUAGUCUUACUGGAUUUGUAUCAUAA